UCUCUCUCUCUCUCUCUAAAACAAAUAAAAUAUUCUCUCUCUCUCUCUCUCGUCUCUCUUUUUGUUUACUAAGCAAAACCCAGAAGAGGAAACAACGAUGGACGUCAACUACGCAUCGCCGGCGGCCGGAGGAGACAGUAACAACAGCCAGAGGAGCUCGUCGUCCUCUUCCUCCGGCGGCGGAGACCACUUCAGCGCGGAGGAGGAGAUGAUCAGCGAGCUCCGGCGUGGACCGUGGACGGUGGAGGAAGACUUCAAGCUCAUCAAUUACAUUGCAGCUCACGGCGAAGGCCGCUGGAACUCCCUCGCUCGCUGCGCCGGUCUGAAAAGAACAGGGAAAAGCUGCAGAUUAAGGUGGCUCAAUUAUCUACGGCCCGACGUCCGACGUGGCAACAUCACCCUCGAAGAACAGCUCAUGAUCCUCGAGCUCCAUUCCCGCUGGGGCAACCGUUGGUCGAAAAUCGCACAACACUUGCCUGGGAGGACGGACAACGAGAUCAAGAACUACUGGAGGACGCGGGUCCAGAAGCACGCGAAGCAGCUCAAGUGCGACGUCAACAGUAAGCAGUUCAAGGACACGAUGCGGUACCUGUGGAUGCCGAGGCUAGUGGAGCGAAUCCAAGCCAGUGGUGGCGGCGGCGGCUCGGCCUCCACGUCCGGUAACGCUGCAAAUUCUCUGCCCACCGGCCCGAUGAUUGACCCCGUCGUGACCGGAGUGGCAGAGAGCAGCAGUGGUCUGGCGAGCUACGGGAUGGGUAGCUUGGACGGUACGUUUUGUGGUAACUACGCUACUGCUACUGCGGCCGAGAAUUCGAGCACGGCGGCAUCCUCGGCGGAUUCUUUUGGGAACCAAGUCUCGCCCGUAUCGGACAUGACAACGGACCACUACAAUGUAUUGGGUGGUCAGAGCUCCAACAUGAACUCAUCUGAUUAUAUCGGCAGCUAUCAGGGGUAUACAGACCAGUUGAUCAGUCCGGCGACGAAUUAUUACAACCCUGUCUGGGAUCAGCAAUUCCAAGCUCCGCAGCAACAUCAAAACAACGAGUAUUACACCAACAACAGUAACCAAGUGCAAUGGAUGGAUGGUGGGAAUGCGCCGGACAGUUUGUGGAACACCGAUGAUAUUUGGUUCCUCCAACAACAAUUCAGCAACAACAACAUCAACAUGUGAAAGAAAAAUAUACAAGGAAAAAGGGGGAGGUAUACGGUUAUUAUACGUACUACUUCGUAUAUUAUACAGAAAGUAGUAUAAUUAUGCGAACAGGGCGAAGGUAGACAGAGAGGAAUAGAAUGAAAGAAUCCGUAGAUGGAUACAAUGAUAUUAGAGUAUAUGAUUUGCAAUUGCUUAGAGAUGAGGAGAUGUCUCUAAUUGUGGAUUAUUAAUAUUUUUCUUCUUUUUUGGUGGUUAUUUUUACAAAAUUAUCUUGGUUUGUUUGUUGGUUGUUUUUUUUUAAUCUUCUUUCCCCUUGGAUUGGGAUAGGAAAGGAUGGGAAGGGAAUUUUAGUUUUAUAGGUUUCCUCAAUCUCAUUCUCUCUUUGACAUAUGACAUAUUGUAACUCCUUCUUUCUCUUGUUUUUGCUAUGUAAUAUAUAAAGCUUCCUCUUCUUCAUAUCUUGAGCAAUGAAUUUUACUAGA